CUUUCGUUUUGAGCUGCCGAGAUGAUCUGCUGCCUUGUCUCAAGAUUAAGCAACACAUAUUGCAAGCGAUCGUUUGCAAACACACUGAUAAAUCAGUAUGUGAUGUCCAGGACUGUUGCGAAUGAGGUCCAGUUUAACACACAGAAUGAUCCGUUACUUAAAGGUCUGGAUAAUGUCCAAGUGAAACUGAUGAAGGAGAAGUGUAUUCUGGUCGAUAAGGAUGAUAAAGUUACUGGAUGUGCUUUAAAAAAAGACUGCCACCUUUUAAAAAAUAUUAACAAAGGUAUGCUCCACAGAGCCUUCAGCGUAUUUCUGUUUAAUAAUGACGGGCAGCUCCUUUUGCAGCAGAGGUCAGAUAGAAAAAUUACCUUCCCAAAUCAUUUUACCAAUGCGUGCUGCAGUCAUCCUUUAUACACAGCAGAAGAGUUAGAGGAGAAAGAAGCUUUAGGAGUGAAAAAAUCAGCUCAGAGGCGUUUACAUCAGGAACUUGGAAUACAACAACACGAGAUUGACCUUUCAGAAUUUCAAUAUCUCACAAGGAUCCAUUACAAGUCAGGAAACGUGCCCAUUGAUGGUGUCUGGGGUGAACACGAGAUUGACUACAUCCUAGUAGUCCAGAAAGACGUUGAUUUGCAUCCUAAUCCUGAUGAAGUGGCAACGUGGAAAUAUGUCUCAAAGGAGGAACUGGAGAAAAUUGUCGGGGAAGCGGAAUCAACUGGAACUUUACUGACGCCCUGGUUCAAACUCAUCGUGGACAAAUUCUUGUAUAAGUGGUGGAGUGACCUAGAUAACUUAUCAAAGCACAUCGAUUACACCCACAUACAUCGCAUGAUUGACUAACCAUCGGAGACUACCGGGGAUAAAUAAUAGUCAAAUUUAUUCCUGGACCCAAACUUUGGGGGAAAUAAUCUAAGUCAGCAAUGUGUUUGAAAAGGUGAAACAUGUAAUUAUUUGAAUAACCGGGCUGUUUGCUCUUCAUUUUUAUCAGAGUUGACUUUAAAUAAAAAAAAUUGUCUUAGUUUGAAACUCCUAUAGUUUCCUUCCCUCCCUAGGAAAUUGUUUGAAAAUGAUGUACAUCGAUGUGUAACGUUUCUACUAUAGAAUAGGUUACACUGAAAAACACAGAUGGUUUUACUAGCUUUGACAAUAUUUUUAUAUUUUUUUUAUUUAUUCAUUUUAUUUAUUUUUUAUUGAUUUUAUGUUUACUAUUUUUUAUUACUUAUUAACUGAAGUUAGAAUUAGAUACAAAUUUCAUAUACUGUACAUGAUAUGAUGGGUAUGGAUUUCUUUUAUUUCUUUUGAAAAACAUUUAAGGGAAAGAUAACUUGAUACAUCAAAGAUUACUUCAGUUAGAUAUCAGAUGUUAUCUGGUUUUGCGAAGAAAUUAAAAAGUGUAAAAUUAUAAUGUGUAUAAAUGUACAGCACGAGUUUAUGAAAAUGAGAAAUAAUUCUCUAUGGCCAUACAUAGUAAAAGAAACAUGAGGCAAUGUCUGUUGUGAGACUUUUUAAGGAGUUUCAGUAAUUUGAACAAUGUAGUAUGAUCUGAUAUUAAAUGCUUGUCAUAUUGAGUAUGAGCCAUUUUUAUUGCCAAGACUUUGUUAUAUAUAGCCUACAUGUCAGUACUGGUGUACUA